ACUGCACACGGCCGGCGGACGCGGAGCAUCGCGCGCGCAGGCACGCAGGCUCCGGCUGCGGCCGCUCGCUCGGUCCGGCGGAGGGGCUGCUCUGCGUCGCUGGCACGCGUCCUGCCGCCCCCAGCGCUGCGGACCCCGUGCGUCAUGGACAGCGCGCGCUCCCGCUCCAGAUUCCAGUCGGACCUGGACUUCUGUCCGGAUUGCGGCUCCAUCCUGCCGCUGCCCGGGGCGCAGGACACGGUCACCUGCGUUCGCUGCGGCUUCCGCGUCCCCGUGCGAGACUUCGAGGGGAAGGUCGUGAACACCUGCAUCGUGUUCAACAAACUGGGGACAGCCGUUCCCGUGUCGGUGGACGAAGGGCCUGAGUUCCAGGGACCCGUGGUUGACAGGCGCUGCUCUCGAUGUGGUCAUGAAGGAAUGGCCUACCACACCAGACAGAUGCGCUCGGCCGACGAGGGACAGACGGUCUUCUACACCUGUACCAGCUGCAGGUUCCAGGAGAAGGAAGACUCUUGAUUUUUUUUCUGGGUGACUCAGCAAUUCUCCCUCUUCUCUUCCUUGGACGGUGAGGGAUAUUGGGUUCUUAGAUCCUUUGUCCAUCCUAGUUGCAAUGUGUGCUCCCAUAGAAGGAAAUUAUCAUGUGGGGAUUACCAUUGUCCCUAGAGUACAUCUUCUGUAGUUGAGUUUCCUUAUCAAAGUUAUAUUUUUCUAUAUGAGCCAGACAUAUGUAUGUUAUUUAUAAUCUGCCUUGUUCCAAAAGGAAUUUAAAUGAAUUUAGAGAUAUAUUUGUUCUUUCAAUAAGUAUAUCAGCUACAGGGGCGCCUGGGUGGCACAGCGGUUGAGCGUCUGCCUUCGGCUCAGGGCGUGAUCCCGGCGUUAUGGG